AUGCAGUUUCCCAUUCUGCUCGCGGGUCUUUUCCUUGCAUUUAUCACUACAUCAACCGCCUGGACUACUAAUCCAUCUCUUAAGCUUUGGCGAGGUGGCGAUACCUUCAACACUACCAGGCAAAUCGAAAUCGACAAGAUAUGUAGACGCCUACGUACAUUGACAAAACUCAAUGAUAUCGCGAAAAAUGACACCGCGCUGGACGCGACGAGCAUAUCUGCCAAGCUUGCUCAAGAGCGCAUCGACUGGAUCAAAAGCAACCGUGCCGAUAUAACCGCCAAGCUCGAAGAAUUGCAAUCUAACUCAACUCUCACAGCCGAAUGUGACUCUCUCGAUGCGCAGCGUGACGCUUUUCGCGAAUGCCAGGCGUUAAACACGUUGGAGAAGCUGGUAAACUCGACAAAUGGUCAGACUGGUUUCAACCAAGGACCCACUGCGAACUUCCUCAACGACGAACAGAAGCAGGGGUUACAACAAAAGUUUGAAAAGGCGUUGUUGAAGCUACAGGAGCUUAAGGCUAACGCUACGCUGAUGGGUCUCUGUGACAGCCAUGCCGUGUUGCAGCAGAACGGCGCAAUCGGCAGUCAAGUGGUGGACAACAGCGGCGCUAUCAGUAUGACGAAGAGCGCUGCAAGUAGCCAUGAAACACGAGAGGGCUAUAACGGCCGCCCCGAAGGUCGUUGCACAAAGUUUUCGGAUCCUUCUUGGAUGCUCAAGCACGUUCGAAAAGGACAACAGCGCAUUCACCCGAUCGCAAUAUUCGACGUGCAAUCUUCCUCCCCCGCUGUCACCGGCAACGAGCCCUACGAUCUUCUUUGCAGUUAUAGCUGGAAGAGUGCUCUGAAGCCCACCAUUUACGUCUCGGGGACUCCGUCUCUUUAUCAGCCUCCGCGUCUACCAAGGCAGCUACAGGCCGACAAGGGCGCAUUCUGGAUCGAUCAACAUGGCAAGCUGAGUCUUGAAUACUCAUUCGAACCAAUAUUCCAAGCCGUGGCUGUCAUGAAUCCUACCAAACACUAA